AUGGAUCAAUCAGAAAGUUCGAGCUCUAAGAUGAAACUUUUGCAAGAACUUCUAAAAUGUAAUAUAUGCUUUGACACUUUAUCGAAUCCAAAGAUUUUAGAAUGCCAUCAUUUUUUCUGUUCUGAUUGCAUUCAACGUCAUCAUGAAAAGUCGCAAGAGGGAAACCAGGCCUUUUGUCCUAUUUGUCGACGUCCUUUUGUUCUCGAUUUUUCUGGAGCUGAGGAUCUACCACCGUGCCAUUUUGUGAAUGAAUUGCUAGAAAAGUUUUCGAAAGAGUCUAAUCUAAAGAGAAGCAGUAAAUUCGAAAGAAUUUGCCAAGGGGUGUGUUUGAAAAGGAAAUCAGAGGUAAAGGCUACCUUUGCUUGUCCUCCAUGUGGAAUUGAUUUGUGUGAGGAUUGUUUGGAGGCUCAUCAAGUCUUUAAUGCUCAUCAUCAAACUGUUAAUGUUGAAGAUUACCAGAGGCCGCUCAUGUUUCAGUCACCAGAAAUGGAAGAUGAAAACUUAUUGUGUGAUCAGCAUUUAGAACACGAUCUUUUUGAACUCUGCCUUGAUUGCAAAGCUGUCUUAUGUCAUGUUUGUAAAGAAAAACACCAUGACCACAAUUGUAUUACAUUGGAAGACAUAAAAAGUAAUGCUCAAAUCAUGAGAAAUAAGCUGCGCAAGAUUAAAAGUGAGUUUGAUAGAAGGAGGGAAGAUGUAAAGACUUUUGAGUUCUUUCUAAAAACCAGCGAAGCAAAGGCUUUGAAAAGAAUACAAAGCACUCAUAAAGAAAUAAGGGAACGGAUAGAUAUUCAGAAGACAGAAUUUGAAGAAAAAUUGAAGUUGCAUUCCGAAAAUCUAACUGGAGAAAUUGCUGAAUCUCUCACCAAAGUGGACACGAAUUCAAAAUCAAUUGAAAGCAUUCUGGAACUCAUUCAUACACUUCUUGCAUUUGGAAAUGACAGAUGUUUUUUGAUGUACUGGCAAAACAUUCAAGAUAGAUUUCAUAGCAUUGCCAUAGAUAACAUAGAAUUGCCAAAUGUGGAGUUCAAAGAUACUAUUCGUUUUAAUCCGACCGAUCCUGACAAGUUAUCAAUCGGGGCUCUGAUUCCUACUAAACCCGAUAUUGAAUGGAUAAACAUGAAUCAAAAUAGAGACUUUUAUGCUAUCGACUGA